UGAUGGCCUACGAUCUUACCCCUGCAGAGCAAGGUGGCUGGCAUUCGAAUGCGAGCUACGGCUUUUCAUCGAAGUUUGGAUACGGAAUGCCGUCACCAACGUUUGACGCACGGUCAGCAAUGACUCCUUCACCGCAUCUUGCACUUUGGCAGAACCCUGACACCGGAAUAUAUGGAGGCACACCACAAGCCAGCCAGACCGAGACGACUCAUUCGGUAUACGUAGCUUCUGUGCGGCCCCCGUCUACAGCAACAGCUAGUUCCGACCAAGGUCCCAGAGAUCAUCAAGUGUCCAAGAAAGAAUCAAAACGCGGAAAACGGGGUAAGAAGAAGUUAAAGGAAAAACCAUUAAAUGCACCACAAAAUAAAGGUAAAGAAGAAGACAGUAGACCUGGUUCGGCGACACACAAUCAAGAAACAACUGAAGACCCAGGGGAAAGGAAACGAGCUGAGCUCGUAGAAAACGCGGCAACGCGAAUUGCUUUCAAGGAAUUUUAUCGGUGCUUUCGAAGUGAGGAGCGCUUUUCGUUUCAGAAAGCUGAAGAAUUUGCUCUGGAUGCUCUAGACAACGGGUCACUUCCAGUGUCCGUCCACUGGCGAGUGUAUCUCGAACUCGCUGAUUUGGCAAAGCGUUCUAACCGUUUCGUCGAGGCCAGGUCGCUUUAUCAGCGUGUUUGCCAACAGCAACCUUAUGCAAGUCAAGGGUGGUUAGAAUAUAGCAAGCUAGAGGAAGAAUGCGGGCACAUGAAUCGGGUUACAAAUAUUUUGCAUGCCGGUCUUGAGUAUUGCGAGUAUAGCGAGAAUCUUUUGACCAGAGCAGUAAAACAUCAAGAAAAGAUGGGCAAUGUUAAUGGAGCUCGAGAGCUUCUUGCCCGCCUUAAGCACGUCGGUAUCGACAAAGUUUGGAGAACCGUCCUAGAAGGAGCGCUUCUCGAAUCUCGCGCGGGAAACGCGUUCAUGGCACGGCGUGUCCUCAAGUACUUAAUGCAUCAUGUUCCAUGGUAUGGUCCUCUCUAUCUCGAAGCGUAUAAACUCGAAAGGGAUCUUGGCCGCCCGACCGAUGCCUUACAGAUUGUGCAACGAGGAUUGAACGAGAUACCACGAUAUGGGCCGUUAUGGUUUGGUGCUUUUAGACUAUGCGAAGAAAUCGACCUGUCAAAGCUUGACUUUCAUCUUCCCGAGGCGUUUGUGAUGAUAAAUCGUGCUACCCUCAACAUCAGUAAGGAGCUUGUAUGGAAGGUUCAUCUGGAAGCGGCACAAAUGCUUGAACGAGCUGCUCUUGAACAGAGUGGAAAGACAACCCCUUUAAAUUCUGCCUUCGACAUCGCCCGCCACAGGUUUGCUUUGACCGUCCUGACGUGCCCGAGCAAUCUGCGUUGGAAAGUAUGGCUAGCAAGCGGGAGAAUGGAAUUGGGUAUAGGGAAUAUUAAGGUAGCUCGGAAGCUCUUUCUUCGGGCUCAUCACGUUGUACCGGAUAAAGGGCGAUCAGCCAGCCUACUGGAGUGCGCACGUUUAGAAGAAUUCAUCGGAUGCACCCACCUCGCUCGCUCCGUUCUAUGCAAGGGUCGUGUACUCUAUUGCAACGAUUGGAAAGUGUGGCUCGAAAGUGUUCUGCUUGAGAUUCGCACCAUGAAUCUAAGACGUGCACUCGAGAUUGUUACAGUUGCUCUCGAGAUACAUCAGGGCACAGGUCGUCUGUGGGCUACCUUGAUACAGUUAUGUCAGAUUCGUGGAGGCGAUCAAGCACAGAUCUUCGCCCUCCAACGCGCUCUCAAUGCUGUCCCAAAAAGCGGAGAGGUGUGGUGCGAAGGUGCCAGGAUUCAUUUAAAUCCAUUUUCAGAUACUUUCGAUGUUUCUCGCGCACGCCGACAUCUUUUCUUCGCCACGAAAUUCACUCCGCAGUACGGAGACAGCUUCAUAGAAGCUCUUCGUCUUGAGCUCCUUCAUCACAUGCGAUCUGCCAUCGACUUGGACGAUUUACGCCAAGCAUGUUCGAACGCGGAUCCAAAUUACGGAUCGCUGUGGUUUUCUUGUCGCCGCCAUCCGUGUGAUACACCCCAACGAGUCAUUGAGGAUGCG